GAAAACUGAAUACAUUGAUAUUUCUUUAAAAAAAAAUGUACAAUUUUAAUUUUUCACACAAAACUUGAAACCGGCCGUAACGCAAAUGAUUACAAAUAAAACUAAUAGGUUGAAACGAAAGAUAAUAAUAGUAAGUGGUUUUGGUAGUAUUUAGGAUGAUGACGACAAUUACAAUCAAUUUUAACGUUUUUCAAACAUUUAUACUUAUCUUAUUGGCUUUUUUAUUUUUUUGCCUUUUUGAAAAACACCGUUAUGUCUGAUAUUAUUCUGUUCAAACAAAUUUAGUAUCGUAUUAUUUUAUACUAAGCUAGCUGGCAAAAUUGUCUCACAGCCUGGUUUUAGCCAUUAGAAAACGUCAACAACAACAAUAACAAAGCCCGCAUUUUCUUCUCCAACCAAAAAUCAAUCACAAUCCUCUCUUUCUCUCUCCCUAUCAUCUCUCUCUCUCUAACCCACGAUCCAUACACCAUGACAGAGGAAUCAAAGAACCCAGCAGCUGAGGCAGGAGCACCACCAUCCGCCGAGGUGGUAACUGUCGUUGCCGAUGUUCCUCAAGCAGAAAAACCCCUUACUCAGACUGAAGCUCCACCUGCACCCGUGCCUGAGCCGGAGGAAGCCCAGAAGCCUGCCACCACCGAUGAUGUUGUUGAGGCUGAGAAACAAACAAAAACUGCUGAGGAGGAGACAGCAGUUCCUCAAUCGGUUUCUUGUAACGAGGAAAGCUAUGUAGUUGCUGAGCUUCCGGAGUUGCAGAAGAAGGCUCUUGAGGAAUUCAAAAAUCUCGUUCGUGAUGCUCUUAACAAGCACCAGUUUACUGCUCCUCCACCUCCGCCACCGGCUCCGAAGGAGGAAGAGCCGAAGGCAGAGGAGAAAACUGACGAACAAGAGCCUCCCAAGGAGGAAGAGAAGAAGAAAGAUGAGGAAGAGGCGAAAACAGAGGUGAAAACUGUUGAUCAAGAGGCUUCGAAGGUUGAACCAGAGAAAGAGAAAGAGAAAGAGAAGGCUGUAGUUGUGGUGACCGAGGUUGCGACUGUGGAUGACGAUGGCGCUAAGACUGUGGAAGCAAUCGAAGAAUCCGUCGUAUCCGUAACCCCUGCUCCAGUCGAUGAGGCAACCUCAUCAGCAAAAACAGAGGCGGAGGAACCGAAGAAGAAGGAAGAAGAAAAGGAAGAACAAGAAGUGUGUGUCCCACCGGAGGAGGUUUCGAUCUGGGGAAUUCCCCUUCUGGCCGAUGACAGGAGUGACGUGAUCCUCUUGAAAUUCCUUAGAGCCAGAGAUUAUAAAGUUAAGGAGGCUUUCACCAUGUUGAAGAACACCGUCAAGUGGCGCAAGGAGUACGGAAUCGAUGACCUUAUUGAGGAAGAUCUUGGUUCUGAUUGGGAUAAGGUUGUUUUCAGCCAUGGAGUUGAUAAAGAAGGCCACCCUGUCUGUUACAAUGUUUUCGGCGAGUUUCAAAACAUGGAAUUGUAUCAGAACACCUUCUCCGAUGAAGAGAAACGGACCAAGUUCAUCAAGUGGAGGAUUCAGUUCUUGGAGAAGAGCAUCAGGAAAUUUGAUUUCAAUCCCACUGCUAUCUCAACCAUCGUUCAGGUCAAUGAUCUCAAGAAUUCUCCUGGUUUCUUUCUAAACAAAGAGCUCGUUACUGGCCAAGCAAUUCAACUGCUUCAAGACAAUUAUCCUGAGUUCGUAGCCAAACAGGUAUUCAUCAACGUUCCAUGGUGGUACUUGGCUUUCAGUAGGGUUAUCAGUCCUUUCUUGACUCAGAGAACUAAAAACAAGUUUGUUUACGCUGGUCCAUCAAAAUCUGCCGACACCCUUUUCAAGUGGAACAAGCGAGGACAAAAUGGGAAAUGCCAUGAACUACAAUCCAGAUGUCCACAUGGAUGGAGCUACAGACAAUGCAUUAGCCAAUGCUUUCCUAUUUGCCAAAAACAAAGAGCGAUUUACAUUAUAACAGAAGCAAAUGUUCAACAAGAUAUCAACUCUCACAUGUUUAGAUGAUCUGUAAUAGUGACACUUCACAAGUACAGAUUUUCAUUUUAUAUGAAUAUUUGAACUCUAAUUUUAAUAUUGCAACAAACAAACAACAUCAUAUUAGAAUUAAUGACCAUCAGACAUUUCUUUCUCAGCUAUUUCACAAAGCUCUAAGCUGAUUAGGAGUAAAGGUUUUUCUUUAACUCGUCAAAGAUAUCAAUUUGUUCUGGAAAUACAGUUAUAUGGAUUGUAGUACUUGAUAGCUCACCUAGUAUUAACAUCAGGAGAGCUUGAACAUUCUGCCAAUAAUGAAACACUACUUUUCCCAUCCAUUGCAUCCAGAUCUAUGAGAGUUGUGAUCAACAACUCGAGCUAAUCCAAGUACAAAGAAUAGUUAAGUAAAACAAAACAUUACCAAAUUGAUAUUUCGAGGCUCAGUAGCAUGAAAGUAAAAUUGGACCUCUUCAGGAUCAGUGUAAUCAAUUCCAUCAACUUUAGAGAGAGCAGAUGCCAUACUCCAGUAAGCUUCCUACACAUUCACCAAUUAAAAUAAAUUAAGUUUACAAAUUUCCAGAGAAAAUUUAGCAAAUAAGGAAAGCGUUAGUCAUAGAGAACCUGAAUUGCAGUUAUCCGAUCAGUGGAUAUUUCUCCAGGGAAGUACUCGCUGGUUUUACCAUUCUUUUCAAGCUGUGUAUUUGUUUACGCUGGUCCAUCAAAAUCUGCCGACACCCUUUUCAAGUAUGUCAAAAUUCAAUACUUUUUCUCUAUUUGAAUCCUAUGUAUACAUAUAUAUAUUUAUAUAUAUAUAUUUAUAUAUCAUAAUCAUACUGAACUUGUUUCGUAUUUAUUGAAAAGAUACAUAGCUCCUGAACAAGUUCCAGUGCAACAAGGUGGUUUGAGCCAAGAUGGUGACCAGGAAUUCACCUCAUCUGACUCUGUAACAGAAGUCACCAUAAAACCAUCUACCAAAGAGACAGUUGAAAUUCCAGUCACUGAGGUAUAUAAACUUUUAGCUAAUAUGAAUUUCUAUAUUUGUGUUGUACCAAUAUUUUAGUUUGUGAUUAGAGAAUUGUUUGUGUUGAUUAAUUCAGACGAGUGUCUUGGUUUGGGAACUUCGAGUUUUGGGCUGGAAUGUGAGCUAUGGUGCUGAAUUCGUGCCAAGUACGGAGGGUCAUUACACUGUAAUUGUACAAAAGGCAAGGAAGGUUAAUUCCACAGAAGAAGCUGUGAUAUCUAAUAGCUUCAAAGUAGGUGAACCAGGGAAGAUUGUGCUCACCAUUGAUAACCAAAGCUCCAAGAAGAAGAAGCUCUUGUACAGGUCUAAGACCAAAAUCUGUUCUUGAAUAAUAACAAGCCAACAAAUUGAAGAUUACACAUACCAAGGAAGGACUGUCGAAAUGUUCAAAGAAAAAGAAGUACAGACAAAGGUUUUAUUUAUUUAUUUAUUGUUUUUUGGGUGAUAUUUAAUUUUGUUCAUAAUUCACAGUUUGUUCUGUUAUGAGGACGGUAUUGAUAUUUUCUUUCUUCUUAUCAUUUCUUUUUGAAAUUUGUUUUGGUUUGAAAUCAUAUUGGGAAAAACAAAGUGGUUGGAAUGUGUAGGAAGGCAUCAACAUUUGUUGUGGGUGUGUAUACGUUUUUGUUUUUGGGAGAGAUGGCACGUGUUUGAACUUUGGACAUAAAUAUUUUGUUACUAUUUCAGAUACUCUAUUUUCUUUUUGUUGUUA